GCUCAGGUUAUUUGCCGGCCAGUCACGUGGGAAUGUAGCUCCCGAGCAGUGUGUGUGGCAGAGGCUCGGUUCUCUGCAGCACGUGUCUGAGCCGCGUACACACAUAGCUGCACAUACACACUAGGUGCUGAGCCGCAGCCCUUCGGAACUCUUGUGCUGAGGACAACAGGGCGGCAGCAUGGAGUACUUGCUCCAGGUGAAGCUGGGCUGCCUGUUCGGGCUGCUGCUGCUCACUCUCUUCUUAGGGCUGGUGCCGUCCAGGAUGAAAUGCUUCCAGGCUGGAAGAGAGACGCAGCAGAUGUGGAUAAGCUUCAUCAGCUGCAUCGCCGGGGGAGUCUUCCUGUCCGCCUGUCUGCUGGACAUUGUUCCUGACUUUCUAAGAGACAUGAAGGAGGCGAUGGAGCAGCAGCAAAUAAUAACAGAUUUCCCUCUGCCGGAAUUCGUCCUGGGUAUCGGGUUCCUCCUAGUCUUGAUUGUAGAACGCAUUGUUCUGCAAUGCAGUGAUGGGAUGACGGAAGAGAACACCCCCUUAUUGUCUAGCAGUCUGAGCUCUCCAGCUGUUGAGGAACAUUUCCACGGCCACUCGCACAAUAGCCAACACCGUGAUGUAGAACACACAGGACGCCACUUCCACGUGGAUUUCAACGCUCACUCCUCCUUCCGCUGUUUUGUCCUUAUCCUCUCGCUGUCGCUGCACUCCAUCUUUGAAGGAAUAGCCAUUGGGCUACAGAGCGCCCAGACGGCGGUCCUACAAAUAGCUAUUGCUAUUCUCAUCCAUAAAAGUAUAAUUGCAGUGAGUCUAUCGCUGCUCUUGAUGCAGAGCAACGUGAAAACCCGGUGGUUUGUACUUUCAAUUGUCACGUUUGCCCUCAUGUCACCUAUUGGCAUAAGUAUAGGGAUUGGGGUGAUGCAAACUGAAGCCAAUGGAGGCAGUCUUGUCCAGGCUGUUCUUGAAGGUUUAGCUGCUGGGACCUUUGUCUACAUCACGUUCCUGGAGAUCUUACCCCAUGAACUAAACUCAAACAAAUGGCGCCUGCCUAAAGUCAUUUUCAUCAUUUUGGGUUUCUCUGGGAUGGCAGGACUGAGAUUUUUGGGGUGAAAAUAAGCCUCCAUGUCUUCUGGGUUUCUUUUGGCCAACUUUUGCACCUACCUCUGUUUACUUGAGGGACGGGAACAAAUUUUUUAAGCACUGAAAAUGAUGGAGAUGUUUUCUUUAGUAUGGACUUUUGCUUCCCAUUUACUUAUUCAAAUGACCCCCACGGGAGAAUCAUGAAAGCCUCUAUAUAAUGAGACCUUCAACAAACUAAUCAUGAACAUUUCUCUAUUUUGUUAGCAUUAACAUUUCAUUUUCCAUUGUUGAAAGCAUCUUUUUUUUAACUUGCCAACUCUUAUUUUUAUCCAAUCGGAGGAAGACAAUAAGUAGUUGUUUAUUUUAUAAUUUAAGGGGGCUUUUCUGGGAAAUAACACUGAUAGCCUGUCAUUAGAAUAGGGCAUCAGUGUGUUAUUGGUGAACGCUCAACCCCUGAGUCCUCCAUAUUAGCCAAAAGAAGAGGCUGUGGCAUUGCCAUGUUGUGAUGAAGUAAGUGGAUAUCCAGCCAAAUACAGGGAAACGUCUCUGAUACACUUUGAGAAGACCAUCCCCUUAUCCAGACUGGAUUUCCGAUGACAGUUUUUCAGGUCCACCAUGUACUAUGCAUGCUGACUCUUCUUUGAGAAUACCACCACCCUAGAAGACCACUCUUCAGUGCCAUUUUGGGUGGUAGUCUCAAAGAGGUUU